AUGGUGCAAGAAUUCAUGGAUAGGUUUAAGUUUAACACUGAGGCAAUUCCGGACAGGUUCUACUUGAUGAAGUUGGAAAAGAAGUCAACAGAAUCAUUCAGAGAGUAUGCAAUGCGGUGGAGAGCAGAUGCCACAAAAGUUCAACCUCCAAUGGCAGAAAGUGAGAUGACCUCUCUUUUUAUACAAUCCCAAAAAGAUGCAACGUACUAUGAAAAGACGAUAAGUGUUGUAGGGCAAAAGUUCUUUGAGGUUGUCAGAAUGGGAGAAUUUAUUGAAGAAGGUAUUAAAACUGGGAGAAUCAUUAAUUUGGCAGCCCUGCAGGCGACAAGUAAGGCAAUUCAAUCGGAUUCAAUCGGAGGAGCCCUUAAGAAGAGGAAGGACGGUGUGUCUGCUGUCAUGACCAUCCAGGAACUUUACACCACCCAACCAACAUAUUGUCCACCUAGAGCACCUGCCUAUCCAAAUCCAUCACGAUACCAACCCGCAUAUCCAGCCCAAUCCCACUACCAACCACAAAACCGUCCAUCAAAUGCACCCAGACCCCGCCCAAACUUUGAAAGAAGACCAGCCAAAACUUAUACACCUUUAGCCGAACCUUUAGCCCAACUAUAUGAACGGUUGAGAACUGCAGGAGUACUCCAACCAAUCAAAGGACAAAUUCUCAAUCCCCUUCCUGGAUGGUAUGACGAGACCAAGCAUUGUGCAUAUCACUCUGGAGCUGCUGGACAUGACACUGAGAGUUGCCUCACUCUCAAAGACAAGAUUGAGGCAUUGAUCAAAGAAGGAAUCAUUCAACUCAAAGGUGUUGCCCCCAAUGUAAACAACAACCCACUUCCAAAUCAUGGCAAUGUUAACAUGAUCACCAUUGAUGAAGAUUGCAACUUGGAAGGGACCAUAGUACCAGUCAAGAUAGAGAAUAAUGUCGAGACAUCGGCCUUGAUUUCUCCUGUAAUCACAGUCCAAGCACGAGCACCAAUUGAAGUGGAAGUUUUUCAUCCCAAGCCUAGGAUCAUGGCCCUUGUCGCUCAAUCAUCCCCUUUUGACACUAAAGCAGUUCCUUGGGAUUACUCGAUUGAUGCAAGGGACAAAGGAAAAGGAAAGAUAAUUGUAGAAGCCGCUACUGCAGGAAUGACAAGAUCCGGGCGUUGUUAUACCCCUGAAGAAGUUGUACGAGAAGGACCAAACAAGGAAAACAACCAAAAAAGGGUUGUGACAGAGGCUAAAGUGGAAGAUUUCUGGAGGAAGAUGCCAACUAAGGAAUAUUCAGUUGUUGAACAACUGAAGAAAACUCCUACUCAAAUUUCCUUAAUGGCCUUACUGAUGAAUUCUGCAACUCAUAGGAACGCUUUGGUGAAGGUUUUAAGUGAAGCAUAUGUUCCAGCUAAGACCACCAGUGAGAACUUUUCUGCUAUGGUAGGACAAGUUUUAAAAGCUAACAAAGUCACUUUUCAUGAAGAUGAGUUGUUGCCUGAAGGUUUGGGACAUAACAAAGCGUUGAACAUUACUGUCAGAUGCAAGGAUAAGUUUAUUUCAAGAGUUCUGAUUGAUAAUGGUUCAGCUGUUAACAUAUGCCCUUUCACUACUCUUCGAGCUUUGGGAAUCGACAUUGGAAAGAUUCGUGAAAGUCAUGUAAGGGUUAGAGGCUUUGACGGGACACAAAGGGGAGUCAUUGGAGAUAUCGAUUUGCCAUUGCAAAUUGGACCUGUGGAGUUCAUUGUGGAAUUCCAAGUGUUGGAUAUAUCUGCUAGUUAUAAUUUAUUACUUGGAAGGCCAUGGAUUCAUAUGGCUGGUGUGGUUCCUUCCACUUUGCACCAGACCUUGAAAUUUGUUUGGAACCAUCAGGAAAUUGUUGUUCAUGGAGAAGGUAACAACUCAAUAUAUCCUGAGAAUUCAGUCCCUGUUAUUGAAAGUAUGGAAGAGUUGGAUGGGUUUGUAUUCCAUAUUAGGGAAAUUAUGUGUGCUACUCAAGUUGGAAAGGCAAAUUUGCCACGUGUGCUUAUGAUGGUGGCUUGGGAAAUGUUGAAGAAUGGUUUUAUCCCGGGUCAAGGUCUUGGAGCGAAAUUGGAUGGAAUAGUGGAACCAAUUCAAUUGCCUGGUCAGAAAUACACCUUUGGUCUUGGAUACGAGCCUACUUCUGAAGAAAUCUCAUCGGCUAAUCUCAAAAGGAAAAGUGACAUUCCCUUACCACAACCUAUCAUGCCCUUGAAUCAGUCAUUUUCCAAGGCGUUUGUUGCACAAGGAUUAGAGGAAGCUAUUGAAGAUAACCUCACAGAAGGACUCAAAAACUUGUUCAUUGAAGAAGCUGAAUGCAAUAUGAUUUUGGAGGAAUGCACCAAGGCCCCGACCAUAUGGGAUGCUAUGCCUAGAGAUGCUUUCAACAAUUGGACUUGUAACCCGUCCCCGAUUCUCCGGGAAUCUUGCAAGCAAACUAAUAAAUCUGUCAAUGCCAAGAAUGUGACAUGUAAUGAAACAAGCGAACAAACCCCGAACAAUGAACAAACUUUUGCAGAAUAUGAAGAAGAUGUGCCGCCGCCUGGAGAGUUGACCAAGGAGUUUGAACAUUUGAGAAUAAAGAAAAGCCAAAUUUGGAUGAAACUGAGACGAUAA